AACUGGCUAUAAAAUCGUUCGACAACACAGCAGCAGUCUAUUGAUUAUUUGCUGUCUUUCUCACUGAAGCUAGAUCGGCGGUUUCCUCUAUCGGUGUUCAUAAACGGGUCGGAUCUUUUUGGCAGAUGGAGUCUGGAGGGAAAGUGAAGAAGGGAGCCGGAGGAAGGAAAGGUGGGGGUCCGAAGAAGAAGCCCGUUUCUAGGUCGGUCAAAGCCGGCUUGCAGUUUCCGGUUGGGAGAAUCGGGCGGUACUUGAAGAAAGGAAGAUAUUCGCAGCGUGUUGGAACUGGUGCUCCAGUUUACUUGGCCGCUGUUCUCGAGUACCUAGCUGCUGAGGUGCUGGAAUUGGCUGGAAAUGCAGCAAGAGACAACAAGAAGAACAGAAUAAUACCGCGGCAUGUUUUGCUUGCUGUGAGAAAUGAUGAAGAGCUUGGGAAAUUGCUUGCAGGUGUGACCAUUGCUCAUGGAGGAGUCCUUCCAAAUAUCAACCCUGUUCUGUUGCCCAAAAAGAGUGAAAAAGCUGCAAAGGAACCAAAGUCUCCCUCUAAGGCCACCAAGUCCCCCAAGAAGGCUUAAGUGCUUUCUUCCUAGCUGAAAGCCAAUUUGGGUGCCUCAACUCUUCUGCUUUGGUUGUAUGUAAUUUUGGGUUAUUUUGUUGUAGGGGAAGUUUGAAACAUUGUGUAGUCCCUUUGAUAACUGUAAUACUAUUUUAGGAUUGACAUUUUUAGAUUAAUGCAAUGAAACUUCUUGUUUCUGUUUCUUGGAAA